GUGUCGCGAUGGCGAUAGGCCGAUGGGCGGCAGCGGGGCUGGGCAUGCUGGCGAUGGCGAUGCUGCUGACGUCCACGAAGAAAAUUGUUCUCGAGCAAGAGAUCGGCGAGUAUGGGACAGGCUUGAACAACCAGCAAAGUUUGAAUGCAGACAACCUCUAUGAGAACACGUUUCAAGAUGAUCCAGGGCACAUUUCAAGGGCUGAGAUCAGGUUCAACGCUGCUCUCAAGGCUGCAGGUGGCGAAGGUGGACAGCCUCUUGCUCAGGCGAGAGCUCCGCUUGCUGCUGCUCCCUCCUCGGGCUCUGGCUGGGCUGCUUAUCCGGUGUUGAGCAGGAAGCGCAAGGCGCAGGGAGUCACAGUCAACAUAGUGGAGGGGAAGAGGGGAAGGGAGGAACAUCGCCAUGGCAUGUCCGCGUCUGAGGCGCGGGGUGACCUCGAGAGCUAUUUCUCUUCCCUCGGCAACCAACUGAAGGCGCAGGAGAGGAAACAUGCCCAGCAGAUCUUGAACUCGCUCUCCUCAUCUUCUUCUUCAACCUCCUCCUCCUCCUCCUCAGAUGCUUCCAGAGAGCAAGGGUCUGGUGGGGUUCCCAGACAGGAGAGAACGGAUCAGAAACUCUCGGCGCUCAUGAAGUUGGUGGAGAAAGCGGCUCACUCGCAGAAAUUUCAGCGGGCGCUGGUCGGUGCGUCCAAGGGAAAGUUCAGACAAUCCCUUGUGGGUGAUUUCGAGUGAAGGGCAUGGUUUGCCGCCUUUAAGCGUUAGUUUUUGGUGAGGAGAGGAAGGGAUCAGGGAUGUGUUUGUAAGUUUCAUGAACAGCUGAGACUGUU